AUGGAAAGUAACUCAAACGAUUCAGGAUGGCCUAGCAGUACUGACAAUAAAACUACUAUAAAUCCAUCAUUUUGGCAUACAGGAACUUCUCCCGUAGAAUCUAUAGGCGAACCUUCUAAAACACAAACAUCCACUGUAUGUUCGUCAGCUGGUGCGAAUGAAGAUGAAAUGUUCUCCUCCGGUCUAGACAAUUCUGGAAACUCAACUUUUUACUCUCGAUCUCAAAAUGUACUUCUGCAAGAACAGACACCAUAUCUUAAUUCUCCUGCGAUGACUCUUGCAAGUGGUCGAAGUGUCGUAGCAAACAAUCGUAGCUGUCGUAAUACUUUUAACACAGGCAUAUUUUUUGAUAGUAAUCAGACUGCCAAUUCUCAAUCCUCUCUCUGGUCAACAAUGAAUUCAAAUCAUCCUCCAGCAUCUCUUGCAACUCAGCCUCCUUUUUUAACUAGCUGGUUAGCCACACCAGCUAGCGGUUCUACUCCAUCGACAUCACCUCGGGUUCCCAACUUUUCAAGUGGAGAAUUUAGUGGGACUGAAGUUAACCCGAACUUUGCUCCAGGAAUUGGUGAAGAUGGGUGUAAUCCUAAGUUAGCGUUAACAUCGAAAGCUACUGUGAACUUUCUAAUAUGUGCUCUAGCCGCAGAAGUAAAAACCAUGCAAUUGCGCGAUCAUCAACACCAGCUGAUAAGGAGUGUAGUUCCUGCGGCUCAAAGGAUGUCCCGUUGUGGAGAAAAGACGCUAGUGGUCAUUAUAUUUGUAAUUGGUGUGGUUUACAUUGGAAAAAUAACUGUAACAAUAUUCCUACCCGUCAUUCAAAUUUGCGCCAACUGUCAUACAACAAGCACCACUCUUUGGCGCCGAAAUAGUAAAGGGGAACAAACUGAAAGGCCCCUUUCUAUGAAAAAAGAUACCAUUCAGACUCGUAAUAGAAAAAAGAAUUCUAAAAAAAAGAAGCCACCAACGAAAUCGUUAGCAUUAACAGAUCCAGAUGCACAGUUUAUUGUACUCAAAAUGCAGAAUUUACUUCGCUUCGGCCAUGUUUAUAGCGAUCUGAAUCAAAAUCUCCAAGAUACGUGUAUGUUACAAAGUUAG